AUGACUUGGGCAGACGAGGAGGACAGUGAAGAGGACCGGAUUUUGAGUCUUCUGCGCACAGAGCAGGCGCGCACAGCCACGCCGGAACAGGCCGAGUUCAACAACCUCAGCAAGACGCGUAAGUUGGCCAAACUCACCGAUCUGGUGAAACGGUCGCAGGUGUUCAGCAGUAUCAUUGCUGACACGCUUUUGGAGAGCGCACAGGGCACAGAGGCCCAGGAAAGACAGAAGCGCCGUAAGACAGCCACGGGCGACGCCGUGGACGCGAAAUCGCAGCAGCCCAAGCUGCUGACCGGGUGUGCCAUGAAAGAAUACCAAAUAGCAGGCAUGGAGUGGCUGAUCACGUUGUACCAGAACGGGCUGAACGGGAUCCUUGCUGACGAGAUGGGGCUGGGAAAGACGUUGCAGAGCAUUGCGUUGAUCGCGUUUCUGAUCGAACAGGGCAUAAACGGGCCGUUUCUGGUGUGCUGUCCGUUGUCGACGGUUUCGAACUGGGUCGCGGAGUUUACCCGGUUCGCACCCGACAUCAACGUUCUGGCGUACGUGGGGUCCAAGACAGAGCGUCCGGCGCUGCGCCGCAAGUUUUCCAAGUGCUCGGUGGUGAUCACGUCGUACGAAAUUAGUAUCAGAGAUUUCCGGUACCUGAGCACGCGGCUGUGGAAGUUUCUCAUUGUGGACGAGGGCCACCGGCUGAAAAACAGCGAGUGUUUGUUGAUCCGGCAGCUGAAGCGGCUCAACACGUCGAACCGGCUGCUUUUGACCGGAACGCCGCUCCAGAACAACCUCAACGAGCUGUGGUCGCUGCUCAACUUCAUUCUCCCGGAGAUCUUCCACGACGUGGACGUUUUCCAGCAAUGGUUUGACUUUUCCGCGCUGGAGGAGAUGAAGGGCGAGGACUCGGAGUUCAACGAGCUGAUCACGGCCGAGAUCCAUAAAACGCUCAUCACCAACCUGCACACCAUUUUGCAACCGUUUCUGCUACGCAGACUGAAAAAAGACGUGGUUCAGGGCCUGCCGCCGAAACGCGAGUACAUCGUGUACGGCAAGCUCACGCCGCAGCAGGAGCUGCUGUACCGGGCGACGCUCGCGCAAAACCUCAAGCCCACGCUGCUGCGCGAGAGUCUCAAGGAGUACUUGGAGGUGAACCGGCUGGGAAGAUAUACUAGCGACCAGAUUGAGCAGACGAUCGACGCGCCCGAAACAGCGCCCGCAAAGCUGGCCGAACACUACGAGUUUGUGCGCAAACAGGUCGGCACCAAGAAGCUGAUGAACGUGAUGAUGCAGCUGCGACUCGUGUGCGACUCGCCGCAUCUGUUUUUCUACCCCUGGAACGGCUACGCGGACGCCCGUUUGGUGGAACAGUCGGCCAAACUGCAGCUGUUGGACCAGCUGCUGCGGCCGUUACACGCGAAGGGCCACCGCGUGUUGGUUUUCACGCAGUUCACGUCGAUGCUCGACCUGCUGGAAGAAUACGUCGCCAACACGCUGCAUUACAAAACGUGUCGUAUUGACGGAGCAACCAGCCAGACAGACCGCCAGGCGGAAAUCGACCGGUUCUCUGCCGAAGAGGCAGACGUGUUCCUGCUCUCGACACGCGCAGGUGGCCUGGGAAUCAACCUGACCGCGGCAGACUCGGUCGUUCUGUUCGACUCGGACUGGAACCCGCAGGUCGAUUUGCAGGCCAUGGACAGAGUGCACCGGAUCGGCCAGAAAAACCCCGUGGUGGUGUACCGGCUCGUGUUAGCCAACACGGUCGAGGAGAUCAUGCUGGCCAAGGCAGACUCCAAACGGCGGCUCGAGAAACUGGUCAUCCAGCUCGGCCAUUUCGAGAGCUUGCUCCACUACGGUAGCAGUCGCGCAAAGCCGCAGGAUGUGCUGCUGGACAACUUGGACGAGUUCCUCGUGACCAAGGAGUUCCGCAAGCACGAGAUCGCAGACAACACGCUCGCGCCAGAAGAACUGCACGAGCUGUUGGACCGGUCGCAGGCCGCUUACGAGAAAUCCGACGCAGAAACGACGCACGGUCACGUGAUGCUUUUCGAGACGAGCAGCACCCCUACUGCCCAGGAGUCCGUGAGGUGGUCGAGGUUGUAUGGGUUUGGCCGUAGGAUCUCUGGCGCGGCGUACGGCAGAGACCCGAUAUGGGUGUCUGGCAAACGGGAGCUGUCGAUGGAUGAGGUUGUUGAGAGUGACGCUGGCGAGCGCGGCGUUGGCGUGUUGGCGGCAGAUGACAACGGCGAGUUGCGCACAGACACCGACGAGCCCACAGACACCACGCGCGGAGGCGCGGCGGAAACUGGGUCGUCCAGAAUGCGUCGCGAGAGGUCUGGAAUCCGAAUCAGGGCGUCGGUGUCGCGCGAAAAGAAACUGGCCAUGCCAAAAUCGCACAGAACCACUCGUCCGUGCGAAAGCAGACAAUUCUCGAGCUUGACGUCUCCAUGGCUGAUCCCAAGGCUGUGCAUGUAUUCCAACCCUGAGCAGAUAUCGGUGAGCGACUCGGGCAGCACCUUGUUGAUGAGCUUUUUACGUUCGCUAAAGGACAACGACAGGAAGUUCGACGGCAGCGACGACAAGAUCACACGGUCCUUGUCGCGCUCCGGCGAAAGAGAGAGCCGCGAAACGGGUUUCGGUGACACCUGCUGGUUUUUGAUUGAAAUUGGGGGCACCUGCGAGUGCAAUUCAUCGAAAAGGCGGUCCUCGUCCAGCACCGCGUCGUCAAACCAGCUGCGGAAGUUGAACUCCUUGAAAUCAGGAACGUACUCGUCCUCGAUGCCGUCCAUGGGGUGUUUUCCCAGAACGAGCCUCCGGCCGGCCUGGUCAAAGUACGCCUUGUCGGUUUCGGACGAGACCUUGGACAGCCCGCCCUCCACCUCCCACCCGUGGAGCAGGUCGUGGAAGUCGACUGCCGGGAUCAGCUCCUCGUUGUCGAUGUUGUUGAGCACGCGCGACUCCUGGAUAGGCUCCCCAAAGCAAAAAUACAUCACUCAAUACACCGUUUCUCCAUACGCUCAGUCUCCAUUGAAGGGUUCUCUUGAGAGUGCUUUCUUCAACGUUUUCAGAAGAACCAAAGCACAAAUCUUGUACGUUGUUGUUCCAGGAAUGAUUGUCUGGGAGAUCUGGGCCAGAGCCAGAGACUACAACGAGUACUUGUACACCAAGGCUGGUCGUGAGGAGUUGGCCAUUGUCAAUGUUUAA